CCUCAAGAUAACUUGGAAACUGCCAAAUCCACUCAGAAACAAGUCGUAUCCAUCUCAAGAACCACAAAUCAAGAAUUAACAAAUCUAUCUACGCGAGAAUGUGACUCAGAAUUCACUUCUAUGGAUUCUGAGGAAUAUAACACUAGCACUCUCAAAGAAAAAAGUGAAGAUGAUAUUGAUCAAAUUGCCCUUGCAAGUGCUCAAACCCUACUAAAUAAUGAUGAAAAUGAUGAUAUAGAUUAG